AUGGAUUACUGGACUACCACCGGUGGUCUCGCCCUCGGGAUCCCCAUCUCGUUCGGGCUGGGAGCGAUCGUUCAAUUGACCAGGUGGCGCGCAGCCAAACUGGCACAGCCUAUCGACAACGCUGCUGAUGUCGACCAAGACGCUCUCAAGAAGGAGAGAUUGGCUCGAGACGAGGUCAAGAGCCCCAAGACCAAGCUUGCUGUCAUGGCUGUUUGCUUUGCCUUGUACAUGGGCAUCGUCUGCAACAUGGAUCGCCUAUGUACAAGCUCGGUCAAGCUGGGUGUUUGGGGAACCAUGGCCUGCUUGUUAAUCACCCUUCACGUCGCCGGUCAAUUCACACAGAUCGCUGGUGUCACCGAGAGCGCUCUAGCGAGGCAUUCGAACAAAGAGACUCGAUACAAGGAGAUUAUCCCUUCUUUGCCAAAGGUUCUCAUGACCACGGUUCUCGCGCUCGCCUUGGCUUCCCUGGCUGCUUUCAUCCCCUUCAUCGCUCCGGGUAACAACAUGGCAUCUAUGGCCGCCUUUACCUUCAUCGCCGCCACAGUUCCUUAUAGGACUAUGACCCAGAUAGCCGGGGGUCGUAUCACCAACCAGAGUGCCCCCCUCAAAUGGAGGUUAUUCGGGAUGAGCGCCAUGGUCGUCGGUGUGCUCGGGUUGGCGACCCUCUUCUUUGCGAUCGUCUCCGCUUUCGCCAUCGUCUUCCCCGGCAACGACUCCGAGUCCAAUCCCAAGCCCAAGAAGGAGGAGGAUCCGGCUUUCCUCAAGGCGUUCAUGACGAUCAUGAUCCACGCAUUCAUGAGUUUCCAGUGCUGCACCCUUUUCGGAUCCAUCGGUGGAAUGCUCCUACCCGUCUACCGAGUCGAUUGGGUCUUGUCCAACAAGAGGAACGCCGGGCCGGUGGAACUCGAAGACGAUUCGAGCAUCGAGAGGGAAAAGGAGAUCUUCUCCGAGACCCGUGCAAUCUCUGCCGAGUUUGACGAGCUCGACAAGAAGGACCUCGGCCAGCUCGUCCUCGUCCCUUCCUUUGCUCGGUUGAUCCGACGAAGCCAGAUCGGGCACUUCCUCGCCAAACCCGUUUACACUACCACGGCUCUGGUCACCAUCAUCAUGACCCUGUUCGGUUGUACUUGGAUGGGCAAGAGGAUCGUCGAGAUCGUGAAGCCAUCCGGUUUCUCCGACAACGCGGGAACCGCCAUCAUGUCCAACUUUGCCGCCCUCGCUCUCACCCCUUUCAUCGUCACCCCGGUCCUCGCCAUCGUCUCUGGUAUCAGAGGCGACUUCAACCUCCUCUUCAACCACCGAGCCGACUGGGGAGCUCACUCUACCAGCCAGGGAGAAGGAGAAGAGGCUGUCGAGCGUCUGCUCGGAUCUGCCAGUGAGGGAGAGGAGGACGAUGAGAAGACCGAGUUGAUCAAGAAGGACGCUAUUGUUGCUUAA